AUGAGACGAAAAACGACAGCAAAGAGUCCAGAAGAUUGUCUUUUAAUUUUGGCGGCCAAACAAGAGUUGCCAGCAACUCCUGCGGCUUGUGAAAAGUCGGAUUACGCAAUGGUGUGUAUUCAUUCGAAAGAAAGUAAGACACUGGGCCAUUCUUCGAACACCAGGUGUGGAGUAAAAAUAGAUGAUGAUUACGAUGAUAAUGCGGCUGUAUGUGCUGCACCA